CCGGCCUCUUCAGUUUUUUAGCUUAAAUUUCCCAAGAACGCGGACGUUGGGUUCGUGGUUGGGAGAAGAGGAGAUCGACAAUGCGAACGCGCGCCGGCCUGGGUCAGGGGAGCCAUUUCGCCCGCACGCAAAAUAAGUAGCGGCCUCCCUCCCUCUAUCUAUCUGUGUGUGUGUGUCGGCCACGGCCAGUCCAUGAGUCCAUGCUAGCUAAGCUAAGCUAGGCUCAUCCCCAUCGCCAUCGAUCGCGGCUCAAUGGUAGCGACGAUUUAUAGAGUAUAGUACAUUGGUACAGUAGAGAGCUAGGAUCCAUCCAUCGAUGGCGAAGCGGCGGCGGCGGUGGCGGCAUCGGUGCUGCUCCGCCUCCCCGUCGCUAGCAGCGGUGCCAGUCGCCGUUGCGCUCCUGCUGCUGCUGGCCCUCGCCGACGCAGCGGCUUUCCACGUCCACGUGCAGAGGCAUGAUCUGGACAGGAUGAACAAGCCCGCCGUGCGGUCCAUCUACAGCGCGGACGGCGACAUCAUCGACUGCGUGCCGCGCCACAAGCAGCGUGCGCUCGACCAUCCCCUUCUCGCCAACCACACCGUCCAGCCGCCGCCCCUGCACCGCAUGCCGGCCUCUUCGCUGCAACAAUCAAUUAGCCGCAGCAGCCGGCGGGCAUGGCAGACGUGGCACCAUGCGGGCCACUGCCCCAGGGGCACGGUGGCCGUCCGCAGGACCACCGCCGCCGACGUGCAGCGCGCCCGCUCGCUCGCCCUCUUCGGCCGCAAGAACAAGAGGCAGAGGAGGCCGCUGCCGCCCGACGUGGUCACCGGCAACGGCCAUGAGCACGCGAUCGCGUACACGGCGUCGGAGGUGUACGGCGCGCGGGCAACCAUCAGCGUGUGGGCGCCGGCGAUCGACGAGGCAAACGGCUUCAGCCUCUCCCAGCUCUGGAUCCUCUCCGGCUCCUUCAACGGCUCCGACCUCAACAGCAUCGAGGCCGGAUGGCAGGUCAGCCCUGAGCUGUACGGGGACAGCAGACCAAGGCUAUUCACCUACUGGACAAGUGAUGCUUACGAGGCGACGGGGUGCUACAACGCGUUGUGCCCGGGGUUCGUGCAGACGAGCUCGCGCAUCGCGAUCGGCGCGUCCAUCUCGCCGGUCUCCUCGGUGGGCGGCCCGCAGUACGACAUGACGCUCCUGGUGUGGAAGGACCCCAAGCUCGGCAACUGGUGGCUCAGCUACGGCGACGGAGCCGGCGGCCUCGUCGGCUACUGGCCCGCCGAGCUGUUCACCCACCUCUCCGACCACGCCACCAUGGUCGAGUGGGGCGGCGAGGUGGUCAACACCCACCCGGCCGGCGCGCACACCGCCACGCAGAUGGGCUCCGGCCACUUCGCCGACGAGGGCUUCGGACGGGCCGCCUACUUCCGCAACCUGGAGACGGUGGACGCCGACAACAGCCUCGCUGCUGUGCCCCUCGAAGCCAUCCAGACAAUGGCGGAGGACUCCGGCUGCUACGACAUCCGCAAGGCAUACGACGACGAUGGCCGAGGCGGCGGCUGGGGCUCGCACUUCUACUACGGCGGUCCGGGCCACAACCCCUCCUCUUGCCCCUAGCUUAGCUACCUACCUACCU